UAAACAAUUACAAUCAAACAAACACACCCAUCAAAGGCCGACGAGACUUGCCCCGUUCCUCCCACAAGCAUCAAAACCCGCAAAAAAUCACAAAAUCGCAUAUCCUCCCAAUAGACCCUGGAUACCAAUUUCCUGAUUUUAGGGUUUUGGGGGGCAAUUUAUCGGAAUUUGAUCUGGGGUUGGGUAAUUGGAGAAUUGGCUGCGGAAAAUGGCUGUUUCGAGUGCGUUUGUGGGUGCGAAGCUCGAGACGUUGUUACUCAGUAAUUCGGCGUCGUCGUCCGCCUCCGCAGCUCAGGCUGGCUUGAUAUGCAAACCUGUUGCGGCGCGACCGAAGCGGGCGGCUUUGAUCAGGAGGAAUUCCGGAAUGAUCAGGUGUGAGGCUGUGCCCGACUUUGUGGUUCAGACAGAAAAGUUGGAUCCUAUCAAUGCGGCUUCCUCCUCGGCUUCGGCUUCGAGCCUCUCUGCUCUUGAACAGCUGAAGACCUCAGCUGCUGACAGGUAUACGAAAGAAAGAAGCAGUAUUGUAGUAAUUGGUCUCAGCAUCCACACCGCACCUGUGGAAAUGCGGGAGAAACUUGCUAUUCCUGAAGCAGAGUGGCCAAGGGCUAUUGGUGAACUAUGUGGAUUGAAUCAUAUUGAAGAAGCGGCUGUUCUUAGUACCUGUAACCGAAUGGAGAUAUAUGUUCUAGCUCUUUCUCGGCAGCGGGGGGUUAAAGAAGUAACUGAAUGGAUGUCAAAGACCAGUGGAAUUCCGGUUUCAGAGAUCUGUGAGCACCGUUUUCUGCUUUAUGACAAAGAAGCAACACAGCACAUCUUUGAAGUGUCUGCUGGACUUGAUUCCUUGGUAUUAGGAGAAGGUCAAAUCCUUGCUCAAGUGAAACAAGUGGUCAAAGUUGGGCAAGGGGUUGUGGGCUUUGGACGGAACAUAAGCGGGCUCUUUAAACAUGCCAUCACUGUUGGAAAGAGGGUUAGAGCUGAAACCAACAUUGCAGCAGGGGCAGUUUCUGUGAGUUCGGCUGCUGUAGAGUUGGCUUUGAUGAAGCUCCCUGAAACCUCCCAUGCUACUGCUAGGAUGUUAGUUAUCGGAGCUGGCAAGAUGGGGAAGCUGGUGAUCAAGCACCUGGUAGCCAAAGGUUGCACAAAGAUGGUGGUAGUGAACAGAAGUGAAGACAGAGUUGCUGCCAUUCGCGAGGAGAUAAAGGAUGUCGAGAUAAUCUAUAAGCCCCUUACUGAAAUGCUUAAUUGUGCAGCUGAAGCAGAUGUUGUUUUUACCAGCACUGCAUCUGAGACCCCUCUGUUUCUGAAAGAGCAUGUUCUGGAUCUUCCGCCUGUUGAUCCGAGUGUAGGGGGUUUAAGGCUUUUUGUUGAUAUCUCUGUUCCAAGAAAUAUUGGUGCAUGUGUCAAUGAGCUUGAGACAGCACGAGUUUACAAUGUCGAUGACCUUAAGGAGGUUGUAGCUGCUAAUAAAGAAGAUCGGCUCCGUAAAGCAAUGGAAGCUCAGGCUAUUAUUGCUGAGGAAUCAAAACAAUUUGAAGCCUGGCGUGACUCACUGGCAACUGUUCCAACUAUCAAGAAGUUGAGGGCCUAUGCUGAAAGAAUAAGAGCUGCGGAGCUGGAUAAAUGCUUGUCAAAAAUGGGAGAUGACAUUCCAAAGAAGACACGGAAGGCUGUAGAUGACCUUAGCAGGGGCAUCGUAAACAAGCUACUUCACGGUCCCAUGCAGCACCUAAGAUGCGAUGGGAGUGAUAGCCGGACUUUGAGCGAAACCCUUGAGAAUAUGCAUGCACUUAACCGUAUGUUCAACCUAGAGACUGAAAUAUCUGAAUUGGAACAGAAGAUUCGAGCCAAGGUGGAACAAACUCAGAAGUAAGCUCUACUCCAUCUUCUCCACUAAUCUGUUUCUUUCAAAGGCCUCCAUUCUGAAUAAGCAGAGAACUCCCUCUAUCAUGCUUUCCCACGUUUCUCAAAUUUUUUGUGGUGGUACAAUAUAUUAGCGGGACCAGGUUUCAUGCCAAUCUCCCAUUGAUAUUACAUUUGUUUCAAAACACACAAUUGUCUCAAGUUGGUUGUUUCUCUUUGUCGAUGUGUUACCGCGCAUGAGUAACCAUCCGCCUUUGUACAAUACAAUUAAGGUAUUAGGAUGCGAGCUUGGUCCAUGUAACGAUGAUUUGUUCCAAGUGUCUGUAACUGUCGCUUGAAAAGUAUCUAUCUUUGUAAUUAAUUUACUGAUCCAGUUUGUCCUUUGCUCUAUAUAAAACAGAGGAUGUGCUGUUCACAAUUUAACCAAA